CACGUGGAAUUCAGACGAGAAACUUGAUUGAAGGGGAGCUCAUCCAGUCACGAUCGAGAGGAAUGACGCGAACGUAGGGGUAUUUACCAAUCGCUGGCCUCCAUGGGAGGUUCCUUUAAAUUCCACUUCAAAAGAAAAAGAUUCCUUCUGAAAAAAAUCGUGGAAAUCUGAGAAACAGCUGGGAAAGCGGCGGAGCAGGCUGGAGCUGCUGCGAGCUUUUGCUAAAAGCUAUUAAUGAUGAUAGUGUUUACAGUCAAUCGCAGCAUCUUGUGAAAUAGCUAACUCUCACUUAUUAUUAUUAACCGUUAUUUUUAACUAAACAUGCGAGGAAAGGAGAACGACUACUGCGAGCUCUGACUGCCUUCAGUAUCACGUAGAAACACGUUAGUUAGCCAGCUAACGGACGAUUAUUUUCUUCAGACUGUAAGGGCCUGCUGGAGAUCAUGGGAAGUUUUAAAGGCCAUGCUCUACCAGGAAGUUUCUUUCUGAUUGCUGGUUUGUGGUGGGCAGUAAAGUACUCCCUUUGGUACACCACCCGCAGAAACAAAAGUGCAGGAGCUGGGAGAAUCACCACAAGAGCCUUGCAACACCGCCUAGAAAUCACUGAGGGAGCUGUAACCCUCAGCUUUUCUCUUAUAGGUAUAUUAGGGGAACAGUUUGCAGCAGGUGGACCAAAGUUUCAGAUGUAUGAUCCCUCCACUCAGCAUUGGUACCAGCUUAUGAAUUGGCAGCACACAACCAUGUAUUUGUUCUUCGCCAUAGCAGGAGCUACUUCACUUACUGUCCACAGUGUAGAUGGUGCACCUCUGGCCUUAGAUCGCUUACUGCUGGGCCUUGCAUUUUUUAAUGAAGGAUUCCUGUUCCUCUACCACCUCCAUGGCAGAGACAUGUUGGAUGUCCAUGUCCAUAUGCUUCUGUUAUAUGCAGUCUUUGGGGGGGCUGUUAUCUGCCUGCUGGAGGUCUUCCACAGGGGAAAUAUCCUGCUGGAGUUGCUGCGGGCUGCUCUCUGCCUGCUGCAGGGCAGCUGGUUCUGGCAGAUUGCCUUUGUGUUGUACCCCCCUAGUGAGGUGAAGUGGGAUUUGUCAGACCACAACAACAUGAUGUUUAUUACCAUGUGUUACAGCUGGCACCUAGCCUUCGCCCUGCUCACUGUAGCAGCAGCACACACCACUGUUCUUUGUGUGGUACGUUCCAAACUCAGGAGGAUGCCCCCAAUGGAGAUGGGUCUACUGAAACCACAAGAAAGAGAAGCAGAUUCUGAAGAUGAAGUUUUAUAAGUAUUUAUCACACAUAUGCAAUUUUCAGUAAGGUGCAAGUAAACAGAGCCUUGGGACCAACAGGGAUAAACUCUGACAGUCUGUGCCAUCAGUUCAUCUCCUGCCAUGAUGUGUCUUACUGACAAUAUGUUUUAUGUGUAAACAAAAUAUAUAUUUUUUAAAUCGCUGUCUCUUUAAUUGUUAAAUGACCUGUUCAUUUCUUAAGUUCACGUAAGGGACCUUUGUAAUUGUUUUUAAUAGUGACAUUUCUUGAGUGCCUUCAAAGGAAAACCUUUGACAUUAAAGGAAAGAGGGGCAGGACAGUGUGACAUUUAGACAUUUAAUCAGGGUAUCUGCUGAUCCUUAAAAAGUAUCAUAUUUUUAAGUUAAAAUUAAGGCCCUCAUUUGUCUUAAAAUGUCUUAAAUUUACCAAAAAAUACCACAAACACUAAAUACAAAUCUGGUCUUUAUUCAAAUAAAAUAUAGAUUUAAAGCAGACUGGACUAAGCAAAACCAAUAGUAUCAUUUUUGGCUCCAUUCGGUUAUUGUGAAGUCUCAAUUUUGUCUCUGAUUGGUACUGAAAAGUCUUAAAAACCCUUAAAUUUAAUUUCCUUGUAUCUGCAGAUACCCUGUUUAAUGUAGGUAGUGGCCUUUGCUGACCUUCCCAGUCAUAAAAGUUUUUUUGUGAUCUGUGUAUUCAGCGUUGCACACUGCUGAGGUACAUAUUAAUUAUACUCACUUUCAUAAGCAAUAAGACACAAAUUUUGUUAUACAGUUGCUGCUGAUGUGAAUAUAGCUCUGGAUCAUUUUAGUAGCUUUGUUCACCCUGCAAAGGAAAUUACUUCUCUAAAACUUUCUGAUGUUAAAUGUCAAGUACUUUUUGGCAGUGCAUUUUGUUACAUUAUGCUGUAGCUUAUUAGCAUUUCUGAAGAAAUAACGUGUGCAAUAUAUGGGGAAAAAUCUUGAAUUUGAGCAUACUACAUAUUUAUAGAUACCUAUGAAACUUUUAGUGCCUUAGAGUCUGUUUAAAAUGUAAUUCACAUUUCAAAGAAUUUUGGAAUGUCUUGUUUAUUUAUCACACGUAUUUUGUAUGUAUUUGGUCAUUUUUGUAUCCUGCAUGUAAUAACUAUGAAGCAGAUAUUUUUUAUUAAACACUGUCUUUGCUAUCUUGAAA